AACGUACAAACGAAGCACUGCUCCCUCCACUUUACUUUCCCACCGCCUAUUCAGAUCUUACAGAACCUGAAACCCCCACCCAACGGUUACUUUUGCUCCAGAUUCCACCAUUCUUUCUAAUCCAUAAACACCCUUCUUCACUCUUCACUCCUACUCUGAAUAUUCCUCCUCCAGAACCCAAAUCAUGUUCAAAGAUCUCACCUUUCCUGUUCUACUGUUGUUUCUCAUUCUUCUCAGGAUGCCGCGCUCUGGGGCCCAAGCCGCUGGCGGGAGCGUUGUGCAGACGGAGCUAUGGUGCGUGGCAAAGAACAACGCGGAGGAUGCUGCUCUGCAGGGGGCGUUGGAUUGGGCGUGCGGCCCGGGUGGAGCUGACUGUGGAUCCAUCCAGCAGGGUGGCCCUUGCUAUGAUCCUUCGGAUAUCCAGAAAACGGCAUCUUAUGCCUUCAAUGACUAUUUCUUGAAGCACGGCAUGACCGACGAUGCUUGCAACUUCUCCAAUACUGCUGCCCUUACUUCUUUAGACCCCAGUCGUGGUAGUUGUAAAUUUCCUUCCAGAAGGCUUUACAAUGGGGAUGGCCUCCCCUUUCCAAAUCCCUCCGGGCUCGUGUAAAGUUUGAGUCAAGGUUCAAACUUGAGACUUCCAACAUGAAAUCUCAAGUUCUUACUAAUUAAGACACUCCCCCGGUGACUUGUGACAGUUUGUUCUUUGUUGUUCAUGUGAUCGGCAUUCCAUUUGUUAUGGGAUAGGGAAUUGUUUGUUUCCCUAGAAAAUUUUCAGGGGAAAGUUGAAUUCCCUGGAAACCUUUUGUUUGAAUGUUUCAGUGUCACAUUUCUUUGUUCUUCUGAUAACUGAUUUUGAUUUCGAUAUUAGGCAUACAAUGACUUAAUCUUGAUGCAUGCCACAAAUUCCAAAGUACUAUAUACUUGGACAUUAAUCUUGGCGUUAACUUUUUGUUGAUGCAAAUCAUGGGUGCCAAAUUCUUGAGUUAAUUAAAAUGUUUAAUUGUUGCAUCAGUAAACACAAAAUGGAUACCUACUCUAGUGUGUAAACAGACCCUUUUCUGCUUUCUCAGAUUGGUCUCUGGGUUACCUGAAACAGAUGUACUAAUAUUUUGGACCGAAGCUUAGCAAAUACUCUUGUUUCUUCUACUGUUAUUUAAUUAUAGAAAUAAUAUGGAUGGUACAUUUGAUGCUAAGUGUGCUAUGAAUUUGGUGAUGCAGCAAGACAGUGAGCAAUGCAAGCAUUUCUGGUUCAACUGGAUUGAGUCCGGAAAGCACUUAUUUUAGUGGCUCUAAUGACAGCAGUUUUCUCCCCCCAUUCUUGCUCUUAAUAACUGGUCAUCUUGUAUUGGUACUUCUACGGAGGAUUUGAUCAUGGUAAGAGAGGGAAAACAUGUUUUAGUUGGCAGAAAGUGAAAAUGUAGAAGCCUAAAGCAGAGGCUUUUUGUUGAGAGUAUCUUGUGUUUUGAUUUCUUUUUUAGAUUUUAAUGAAUUAUUUUCGCACAAAUGUUAUUAUUCUUCCCCCACUUGAGGAUUU